CUUGGCCUCUUUAAUCGAUUUGGCCAUUGCUGAACCGUAGGUCAGACACACGUGAAUUAAGCAUCGCUUCUGCCUCGACCCUCUAUUUGGCCCACCUUAUUACCAGUUUAUUGUAGUGUGCGCGUCUGACGCAUCGACGCACCUCGUUUAACCACGGCGGGCUCACCUCCACGAAGAAAGAUGUUGAUGCACGGCAGAGUACCCACGCUGAUCCUGGCGGGUCUGCUUAUUUCGCUGGCGACUGGUACGUCAGCCCAACCAAGCAUCUACUCCGCAUUAAACUCAACCGCAAACGCAACAUUCUUCUACUCAAGCCUGAGCGAUGCAAACCUGGCAACAGUGUUCAGCAAUACUAGCCUGAACUUGACGCUGCUGGUGCCUUCCGAUGCGGCCUUCGGAGCGCUCGAGACUCAGCUGAACAUCUCGGGUGAUCUGUUCUUCCUGCCGAAUCUGGCCCCCAAGGCGGCACCUAUCCUGCUAUAUCACUUCGUCACCCCAUCGACCCCAAGCGGGAGCAUACCCCCCAAUAUCAGCUCGUUUAAUCUCGCCUUCGGCUCAUCGACGUUGAAGGUAAACAGCAGUGUGGUAGGUAAUUCAACCGUCAACUCAACGGUCAUCCGCAUCUCAAGUAUCGGAUCGGACGUCAACAUAACACGAACGGACAUCUCUGCUGGCAACUCCACCAUUCACAUACUCGACGGCGUAUUGCUGCCCUUCUACAUCAGCAUUGGCUCGGGUCUUAGCCGCAACAAAGACUUGUCAGCGAUAAACAGCCUCACGAACAAGCUCGGGAACAACACCGCCUUCCUGAAUGUGUUGAACAACCUUAAUACCGAGUACACUGUGCUGGCGCCUGUCAACUCAGGAUUGCCCUUGAGCUUGGUGAAGAAUGGAUCCGUGGUGACGGUCGUCUCACCCACUGGGAACGCCACCAUCCUGUCAUCCUUCAACGUGGGCCUGACGGGCAGCGGCUCCUACCGCUCCGCCAUCCACCUCAUCAGUCAGAUUCUCCUGCCGCCAACGUUGACGACUGUACGGGAGGCGCUGUCGCUUCGUAACGACACCAAGACCUUCAUUUCCGUGUUCACCAGCAGCGGAAGCUCCUACGCAUCGUGGCUGGAUAGCACGUCCCUCAGCCGCAGCACGUUGCUCGUCCCAACCGAUACAGCCUUCGCCACCCUCCUCGCGCAGUACCCAGGCUACACUCUGCAGAACCUGAUCGCGGGAAGCACAGGGGUGUCUCAACUUCUGGAUCUGCUUGUGAUCAGGUCCUCGACCAUCAGCUUGGCAGGUCUGGCCAACGGUAUCACCAACAUUACCGUCAACAAUGGUGCCGUACUGCUACGAGCUAACAAGAGCUCCUCGACGGGCGCAGUCAAGUUCCUCAGCCUCGCCAACUCCGCCAACUCGGUGGGCUCCGACUACUAUAUCGGACGCGUGGAGAGCGGGGUGACUGUCAUCAUCAUUGAUACCGUACUGCUUCCCCAACCAUUUAACAUGGGCGCUGACGGCGCAUCCUCGCUGGCCGCCCCAUCGCCCUUCGCGAUGGCCUUCUGCAGCGUCAUCGCCGCAGCGCUCUUGCAUGCCUUUGGGAGGCAGUGGUAG